UAAAUCACAUAGAGCUCCACCGACUCUCAGUUUGCAUCCUCCUCUCUGCUCACUCGCUCUGAGCUCCCUCUGUCUCUCCUCCUCUCUGCAUCUGCUGGUUGCUCUCCCCGUCAACCUUGUGAGGGUGUCUUCCCCUCAACAUCUGCAACAGCUUUUCAACUAAAGAAAUACAAACUUUGUUUUCCUCCAAAGUCUGCGAGACACUGAGACCCAACUGUCACCAUGGAGGCCAUCAAGAAGAAGAUGCAGAUGCUGAAGUUGGACAAGGAGAACGCCAUCGACAGGGCAGAACAGGCGGAGUCCGACAAGAAGGCAGCCGAGGAUAAAUGCAAGCUGCUGGAGGAUGAGCUGCUCGCUCUGCAGAAGAAACUGAAGGGAACAGAGGAUGAGCUCGACAAGUACUCGGAGGCCCUGAAGGAUGCUCAGGAGAAACUGGAACUGUCGGAGAAGAAGGCCGCAGAUGCGGAGGGCGAUGUGGCAUCUUUGAACCGCAGGAUCCAGCUGGUGGAGGAGGAGUUGGACCGCGCUCAGGAGAGACUGGCCACAGCCCUUCAGAAACUGGAGGAGGCUGAGAAGGCUGCAGAUGAGAGUGAAAGAGGCAUGAAGGUGAUUGAGAACAGAGCCAUGAAAGACGAGGAGAAGAUGGAGAUCCAGGAAAUGCAACUCAAAGAAGCCAAGCACAUCGCUGAGGAGGCAGACCGCAAAUACGAGGAGGUUGCCCGCAAACUGGUAAUCCUUGAGGGUGAUCUGGAGAGAGCAGAAGAGAGGGCAGAAAUUGCAGAACUUAAGUGUGCUGACCUGGAAGAAGAGCUGAAGAACGUCACCAACAACCUCAAGUCGCUAGAGGCUCAGUCUGAUAAGUACUCUGAGAAAGAAGACAAGUAUGAGGAAGAGAUUAAAGUCCUGAAUGACAGACUUAAGGAGGCGGAAACCCGUGCAGAAUUCGCAGAGAGGUCAGUGGCUAAACUGGAAAAGACCAUCGAUGACUUAGAAGAGAACCUAUCGAAAGAGAAAGAGCAAAACGUAGGAAUGCACCAAGUCCUGGACCAAACACUGCAGGAGCUCAAUAGCUUGUAAAAUGCCAUGAAGAUCAAACAAAUAAAAAAACUAAUUUUUUUUUUUUGUGAAAGAUUUUCUACAUGCCAUCCAUUCUCUGUAAUUUCACUAUUAUUCCUAAACACGUACCCCUUUUAUAUAUUUAUGGUUCUUUUUGUUUCUUUUCCUUUUUUUUAAAAAUGGUUUUGGGACCAUAUGAUAAUCAGUUUUGGUGCUAGAAAUUGUGUUGUAGACCAAACUCUGAGCACAAAUAAAACUGAUCAUGAUGAUAAA